AUGUCGUCGCUCUUGUCGGGGAUCCGCUUCGUUGCGAACGCCGACUCGGACGACGAGAGCAGCAAGAAGAAGGCCAAGAAGCACAAGAAGGAGGCCAAGAAGCACAAGAAAAAGGACUCGCCACCAUCGCCGCCUGCCCCGACGCCGUCGCAGCUCAAGCGAGACGAAUGGAUGGACAUGGACUUUGUGUCGGGGCCGCGCAAGGUACAGCUCUCGGUCGAGGACCAGCGAAAGGCCGAUGAAGCCGCAAAGCGCCAGGAGGAGAUUGACACCGGAAAGCGCGAGCCCAACACAGGCCUUCUCUACGGUCUAUACGAUCCCAAGAAAGUUGAGCAAGUGUCCAUGAUGGCUGCGCCCGUGGACGCGUCUGUCGGCGACGGCGGGGCGAGCUGGAAGGCCAAGAUGCUGCAGCGGGCGAAGGAUCGCGCGCGGGAAACGGGUGAGUCCCUGGAAUCCGUCGUUCAAGCGCAGUAUGGCAUGGACUUGCGAACACUCGAGGAGCAGGCGCGCGGCGCCCGCAUGGACGCGCACCUGCACUACAAGCGCCAUCGUGAUCCGGACCAGCAACGACGACGUGACGCAUCUACUUCGGGUGGCGACAAGACUCUCAUUGAACAGUACAACAAGCGCAUCGAGCGCUCGGGGCCUUCGUCGUCGGCAUUGGCAACAAGCAGCGACGAGAAGGUGAGUGCCGAAAAAUCUGCCGAGGAUGUCGAGGAGCCAAUCGACUACUCGAAGCUUCCGGACAGCGACGACGAUUCGACGUCGAUCCCGUGA